AUGGAUGCUGCCAGGAGAGGAGAUGCACAGAGAGUGGUCUGGACCACCGGAUGGCUGCUGCUGCUGCCGCUACUGCUGUGUGAAGGAGCGAAGGCCCUGGAGUGCUACAGCUGCGUGCAGAAGGCGGAUGACGGAUGCUCGCCGCACAAGAUGAAGACCGUCAAGUGUGGUCCAGGAGCUGACGUCUGUACCGAGGCGGUGGGGGCGGUGGAGACCAUCCACGGGCAAUUCUCUGUGGCGGUGCGGGGCUGUGGUUCCGGACUCCAGGGCAAGAAUGACCGUGGAUUGGACCUUCACGGACUCCUGGCCUUCAUCCAGCUACAGCAGUGCACCGAGGACCGAUGUAACGACAAACUCAACCUCACCUCGCGAGGCCUCAACCCUGCAGGCAACGAGAGUGCCUAUGAGCCCAAUGGUGCAGAGUGCUACAGUUGCCUGGGGAAGAGUCGCGAGGAGUGCCAGGGCACCAUGCCUCCAGUUGUGAGCUGCUACAACGCCAGCGGCCGCGUUUACAAGGGCUGCUUCGAUGGCAACGUCACCUUGACGGCAGCCAAUGUGACUGUGUCCUUACCUGUCCGAGGCUGCGUCCAGGAUGAGUCGUGCACCCGGGAUGGGGUGACGGGUCCAGGAUUCACACUGAGCGGCUCCUGCUGCCAGGGGCCCCGCUGUAACUCUGACCUCCGCAACAAGACUUAUUUCUCCCCUCGAAUCCCACCCCUGGUCCUACUGCCCCCUCCAACCACUCUAGCCCCGUCCACUUCGGUCCAGAUCUCCUCCAGCACUACCUCCACAGGCGCCCCAACCACGACCACCUCUACUACCAAGCCCACCUCAGCCCCAACCAGCCACACUCCACCCCAUGAAGUAGAACACGAUACUGCACUAGAAGAAGAGUCCCAUUUGACUGGAGGUGCUGCGGGCCACCAAGACCGCAGCAAUAUGGAGAAGAACGCCCCAAAAGGUGGGGCUAAUGAAGGCCCUGUGUUUCUGGGGUCUGGGUUGCCAGCUCUUCUCUUGACUGUGGUUGCCGGUGCGCUGCUAUGAGCAUCUCGUCUAUCUCGUCUUGAAAUGUCCACCUCACCUUGCUUCCCUGGCCCUGGGUACCAACUCUCCGUUUCUCACUGGACUGGACUGGCUCAACCCCCCCUUCCUCCGGCAUUUCCAGUUUCACUGCACUGGUUUGCAGCUCCCAGAAGCAGCCUGCAGUUAUCAAUGCACUGCUGAGAUGGCCCAGCUUUUUGAUGCAGCGACUGAGUUUCCCCUGAUGGUGACUGGGGAAAAAGGACAGAGAAAUUUACUGGCUGAGCGAGUCCUGGAGAGUCCCUGGCUAGCUUCCUCUCCCAGUUUGCAUUGCCAGG